AGCUGGUUUUUUUUCUUCCGAGCCGAGUCCGAGGAGCUCACGCACACAUACAUACACACAUAGAGCCAGAUUUUUCGUAUAUUUUUAAUUGAUCUGGUUGACUUCAUUUUUGUGGAUUACCUCAAGAGGGGUGCAUAUAGAAAACGUUUAAAAUAAUUGACGGAAAAGUAAAGAUUCUGUAGUGGAUCAUGCCUUCGAAAACUACGAAAAGCUCGUCGGUGGCGAAGCCCCGGGGUAAGGGGUCGCAGGAUGAUUCGGAGGAUGAGAUGAAGGAAAUAAAGCCCCCCAGAGAAGUGCAGGCAGAUGAUCAGGACGCACCGCAGACUCAGGAUGCCACUGGCGAGGAAGCAGUGGAUAACCGGGCCCUGGAAGAGAUUCUCGGUAGCAUCCCCCCACCCCCACCCCCCGCCAUGACCAACGAACCAGGCGCUCCCCGCCUUAUGAUCACGCAUAUCGUCAAUCGGAACUUCAAAUCAUACGCAGGAGAGCAAAUUUUGGGGCCUUUCCAUAAGCGCUUUUCCUGUAUCAUCGGUCCAAACGGCAGUGGGAAAUCCAACGUGAUUGACUCAAUGCUUUUUGUGUUUGGAUACAGAGCGCAAAAAAUCAGGUCCAAAAAACUUUCUGUGCUCAUUCACAGCUCUGACGGGCACAAGGAGAUCCAGAGCUGCACUGUAGAGGUGCACUUUCAGAAGAUUAUCGACAAGGAAGGAGACGACUACGAUGUCAUCCCCGACAGCAAGUUUUACGUCUCAAGAACGGCCGGUAAAGAUAAUUCCUCAUCCUAUCACAUCAAUGGCAAAAAGGCGACCUUUAAAGACGUUGGAACUUUGCUCCGUAGCCAUGGCAUCGACCUGGACCACAACCGAUUUCUCAUUCUCCAGGGAGAAGUGGAGCAGAUUGCCAUGAUGAAACCCAAAGGCCAGACGGAGCAUGACGAAGGCAUGCUGGAGUACCUGGAGGACAUCAUCGGCUCCUGCCGACUCAAAGAGCCUAUCAACACGCUGUGCAGACGAGUGGAGCUACUGAAUGAGCAGAGAGGGGAAAAGCUGAAUCGUGUGAAAUUGGUGGAGAAAGAGAAGAACGCCUUGGAGGGUGAGAAGAAUAAAGCGGUGGAAUUUCUCACCCUGGAGAACGACAUGUUCAAGAAGAGGAGCCAACUCUGCCAGUUUUAUGUACAUGAUUUGCAGCAGCGUGUGACUGAAAAGGAAGCAGAAAAACAAGAGAUCCAGGAGGACACCAAGGGCCUGACAGAAAAAAGCAACCAGCUUACAGAGGAAAUGAAGGGGAAGAAUGAAGCCCUGAAGAAUGUGGAGAAAAAAGUUGGCAAGUUGACCAAGUUCAUUGAGGGCCAGAAAGAGAAGUUCACACAGUUGGACCUACAGGACGUGGAGGUGCGCGAGAAGCUCAAGCACACAAAGAACAAGACCAAGAAACUUCAUAAACAGCUACAAAAGGACAAAGAAAAGUUGGAGGAAGUAAAAAAUGUUCCUUCGAGCAGUGAAAAGAUCAUCACUGAGGCUUCUGCCCAGAAAGAAGUGCUGGAGAAAGAGAAGAUUAAGGAGGAAGCGGCUCUGGCUCAUGUGAUGGAGCGCCUGAAGGAGGAGACCAGUGGUCUGCAGCAGGAGAAGGAGCAAAAUGAAAAGGAGCUUCUGGAGCUGAGUAAGGCUGUAAACGAGACCCGCUCGAAGAUGGACGUAGCUCAGUCAGAGCUGGACAUUUACCUGAGUCAGCACAACAUAGCCGUCUCACAGCUUAACCAGGCUAAAGAGGCCCUGCAGGGAACCGCUGACACACUCCGAGACAGAAGAGCCGCCAUCAAAGAGCUGAAGGUCAAAGUGCCCAAGUGUGAGCAAGAGCUUAAGAAGGAUGAGGAGGAGCUAAAACAGAUUUCUGAGCAAGAUGGACAGGUCCAGGCUACAGUCAGGGACAUGAGACAAAAGGUUGAAGAGGCCAAGUCCUCUCUGUCCUCCACCCGCAGCCGAGGCAAAGUGCUCGAUGCGCUCAUGCAGCAGAAACGCAGUGGCAAAAUUCCCGGCAUCCUGGGACGUCUGGGUGAUCUGGGAGCCAUCGAUGAGAAGUUCGACAUUGCUAUCUCCUCAUGCUGUGGUGCGCUCGAUAACAUUGUAGUGGACACCAUUGACACUGCUCAGAAAUGCGUCACCUUCCUCAAGGCUCAGAGUAUUGGUGUAGCAACCUUCAUUGGUCUCGACAAGAUGAAGGUCUGGGAGAAAAACACGAAGGCGAUCUCCACACCGGAAAACAUCCCUCGUUUGUUCGAUAUGGUCAAAGUAAAGGAUGAAUGUGUUCGUCCUGCAUUCUACUUUGCCCUGAGAGACACACUGGUGGCUAAAGACCUCGAGCAGGCAACAAGAGUGGCCUUCCAGAAAGACAAGCGCUGGAGAGUGGUCACUUUACAGGGACAGAUCAUCGAGCAGGCUGGCACUAUGACGGGUGGAGGAGGCCGUGUAAUGAAAGGCAGGAUGGGCUCUUCUAUUGGCACUGAGGUCACGCAGGAACAGCUGGACAAAAUGGAGAGCGCAUUAAAGGAGAAGGUGGCACAGCUGCAGGGCUGGCAGCAGAGGAAACAGCAGCUCGAGGAGAGUGUGCACAAACGGAGGCAGGAGCUCAGAGACAUGAAGAACACGCUGGAGAAAUACACCGCCAGCAUUCAGAGUCUUGAGGAGCAAGAGGUUCACCUGAAGUCCCAGAUAAAGGAGCUGGAAGCAAAUGUUAUUGCUGCUGCCCCGGACAAAGCCAAGCAAAAACAGAUGGAAAAAAACCUGGAAGCCUUCAAGAAAAAUUAUGAGGCUGCGUCCAACAAGGCUGGAAAGGUUGAGGCUGAGGUGAAACGACUCCACAACCUCAUUUUGGACAUCAACAGCCACAAGCUGAAGGCCCAACAGGACAAACUGGAUAAGAUCAACAAAGAGCUAGAUGAAUGUUCAUCAGCAAUCACCAAAGCCCAAGUGGCCAUCAAGACAUCAGGACGUAAUCUAAAAAAGGCAGAGGAGACGGUCACACGACUGGAAACCGAGAUUGCAGAGAAUGAGAAAUUGAUGGAGGAGCUUACAGAGCAGCUGAAGAAACUGGAGGAUCAAGCAGGAGAGAUCAUGAAGUCCUGCCAGGAGGCUGAGGAGGCGCUGCCUGAGGUGCAGGAACAACAUCGUGGGGUGUUGCAAGAGAUCAAGGCCCUUCAGGAGCAAGAACACACUUUGCAGAAAGAUUCGCUGAAUGUUCGACUGAAAGUGGAGCAAAUUGACACUGCCAUCGCCGAGUGUCAGAAUAAAAUCAAACACUGGGAAAAAGAGUCCACAAAGCUUACUCUGCACACGAUUGAUGACAAACCAGCAGAGGAACUACCCAGGCUGAACACUGAGCAAUUGGAGGCUAUUAAGAGCGCAGACAUCAUCAAAAACGAGAUUGCACUUUUAGAGGACCGUUGUGCUCAGAUGAAGCCCAACCUGGGAGCUAUAGCAGAGUUCAAGAAGAAGGAGGAGCUUUAUUUACAGAGAGUAGCUGAGCUGGAUGAGAUUACCAACCAGAGAGACAACUUCAAGAGGAGCUGUGAGGACCUGCGGAAACAGAGACUGAACGAGUUCAUGGCCGGAUUUAACAUAAUCACCAACAAGCUGAAGGAGAACUACCAGAUGUUGACACUGGGGGGCGAUGCUGAGCUGGAGCUUGUGGACAGCCUAGACCCUUUCUCUGAGGGCAUCAUGUUUAGUGUGCGUCCUCCUAAGAAGAGCUGGAAGAAAAUCUACAACCUGUCUGGAGGAGAGAAGACCCUGAGCUCUUUAGCUUUGGUCUUCGCGCUGCACCACUUUAAGCCAACACCUCUAUACUUCAUGGACGAGAUAGAUGCCGCUCUGGAUUUCAAGAACGUGUCCAUUGUGGCCUGCUACAUAUAUGAACAAACCAAGAAUGCUCAGUUCAUCAUCAUCUCCCUGAGGAACAACAUGUUUGAGAUGGCUGACCGCCUGAUCGGAAUCUACAAAACGCACAACACCACUAAAAACGUGGGAAUCAACCCCAAGACCAUCGUCCUUAAAGAUGUUGAAGUUGCUUAAGGAUAGAGCAACAAAUAUGUGCUUGGACUUUUUUUCUUUUUUUUGUCUGUCUGUUGAUCUCUCUUGCACCUCUUUCCAGAUGUCUAUACUUUUUAUCUUCUCCUGUGCUGGUUAAAUUUCUUUAACCUUAUUAUACAUGCUGCUGUUUAUACUAUUAAAACUUUAUAUAAAACAUGAAUAUAAAUGCACAUGAUCUUGUUCAGUCUGUUGCUUCUACCACACUAAAAAAAAAAAAAAAACUAAACCAACUAGAAUUACCUUUAAAUUAUUUAAUUAUUUUAAUUGGAAUGCUUAAGUGCUGCAGAAGUACAGUACUGCCAUUACACCAGCUACAUAUAUGAAAACAAACCAGACAGUGUUGUAAGAUUUUUAUUUUAUUUUGGUCAUAUUUGUCAAAUUUAAAUAAUUCAGAUCAUUAAACACUUUUGGUAUUACACAAAGAUAACCUAAGAAAUAAAUAUAGAAUGCUGUUUUUCAAAUUAUUUCAUUUAUUUAGUGGGGGAAAAAAAUGACCUGGCCCUUUGUGAAAAAGCA